AGCACUUCUGAAGCCGACUGGGUAAGGACCGUUGGUGCCCCGCAGCAUUUUUUGCAUCCGCGCUACUAUUUUGGCUGUUGCAGGCCAAAUAUUGGCGAGGAAACCAACUCACGAUGUCGAACGGGGACGUGCGUGAAAAGCACGCCCAACAACUUCAGAAGACACAGAUGUGCAAGUUUUUUGCUUCUGGAAGGUGCGGAAAAGGAAGCGACUGCAGCUUUGCUCACCACCCGUCGGAGAUCCGGCAACGGCCAGAUUUGAACCGGACGAGUAUGUGCAAAGCAUUCUUGACGCGCGGCAACUGUACAAACCCACGCUGCGCCUUUGCGCACGACGAGAGGGAGCUUCGCGCCACAGAGGGUUUCUUCAAAACAAAGUUGUGCAAGUUUGCAGACAGUGGACGCUGCAAGCAUGGAAAGAGUUGUCGCUUUGCUCACACCCAAGAGGAACUGCAUGCUGGUAAGCCAAAAGACAAGCCAGUCCAGGCACUACCUCAAGCCUCUGGAUCCCGUGGCUUGACGGUCUCCAACCUCACACCUGAAUCGUCCCCGCUCUCUCCAAUCUCCGGCCUGUCUGACCCUUUCUUUGGAGAGGCGACUCUCCCUACGGUGCAGACGGUGACUGUCCUGAAGGCCCUCCAAGCAUUACAAGGACAGCUGUCAACCCUUUCGAUGGUUCAAGCACAGGUUCAAGCACAAGACAGGGCCCUUGUCCGAAUGGGGAAGAUGGACAGCCAUUCAGAUCAGAGUGCAAGCACACGAGCAGAAACCAACACUUCAGUCGCUGGGAAUGUCGGGGCGAAUAGCCCAGACCGGAAUAGCAGUGGCAGCGAAUCGGGGGAGGAGGCCGACUAUGAGAAGGAACCAGUGCCGCAACAAGACAGCAGGAUGAGGGAUUUGACCACCUUGACGAUCUUCAACGUUCCGGACUUUCUAACGCAGGCGGCAUUUAUCUCCCUCUUGGAAGACUUGGCCCCGGUUGUGCGCAAUGCAUUUGACUUUUUCUACUUGCCCUGGAAUUCCAAUCAGGAGAAGAAUUUGGGCCACGCCAUCAUUAACUUUUUUCUAGGUCGACUGCCGCAGAAUUUGCAAACCAGUGCGAUAGCCUUUCAUUCGCCGGGCAGGGUGACAAGCAGAGAUUGCGCAUCGUGCCAGCGGCGUUGCAGGGGAGAGCAGCGAAUUUGCGUCACUUUUCUGCCUUCGGUUUGGCCCAUCACGAAGAUCCACGAUUCCGUCCCCAUGUUCGAGCUGCUCCAAAUGAGCCACUCAUGCCUAUGGACAUACCGAAGGAACUGCUAUCGGAAGCAAGCGCUCCAACAUGGCCGAGCCUACCACCGGGAAUUGACUGUGGACCAAUGAUCGUGAACCACUAAGCAUUUCGACAUGCGAAUGCGGCGAGACGAGAUGCCCCCAGUUGGGGGAAAUAAAAAAAGUCAGGGUAACUUCAGGUGCGAAUCCACUGAAGCGCACAGUCCAACAGUCCAGGAAUCCCA